UGCAAUCCAUUUCUAUGACAACAGAGAAGGCUUUGGCUGAGGAAAUGAAGAGCGCGAUGGAGGGUGACGCCAGGAGAACCAAUCAGGUCCCAGAGGAUCAUGGGGACGUGGAUGACAGUUCAGAGAAGACCCCCAGUAAGGCGUCCAAAUCCCCUCAGAAGAGCACGAAGCGUCCCAAAACCGUCCCUGUCAAAGUCACUCUGCUCGACGGCUCAGACUACGAGAUGGCGGUCGAGAAAUUUGCCAAGGGCCAGACCCUGCUGGACAUGGUGUGUGGCCAUCUGAACCUGCUGGAGAGGGACUACUUUGGCCUGACUUUCCAAGAUACAGACAACUCCAAGAAUUGGCUGGAUCCCUCCAAAGAGAUUAAGAAGCAAAUUCGGGUUGGUUCCUGGGUUUUUGGAUUUUCUGUGAAGUUUUAUCCCCCUGAUCCCUCAGUUCUCAUUGAAGACAUCACCAGGUACUACCUCUGCCUCCAGCUGAGAGACGAUAUCUUGUCUGGUCGUCUGCCAUGUUCGUUUGUCACUCACGCCCUUCUGGGUUCCUACACCGUUCAAGCCGAACUGGGAGACUUCGAACCAGACGAACACGGUCCAGAUUACGUCAGCGACUUCCGCUUCGCACCCAAUCAGACCCGAGAGCUGGAGGAGAGGGUGAUGGAGCUUCACCGCAACUACAGGGGAAUGAGUCCAGCAGAAGCAGAGGUGAACUUUCUAGAAAAUGCUAAGAAGCUGUCGAUGUAUGGAGUGGAUCUGCAUCACGCUAAGGAUUCAGAGGGAAUCGACAUCAUGCUUGGUGUCAGCGCCAACGGUCUGCUCAUCUACCGAGACCGUCUCAGAAUCAACCGGUUUGCGUGGCCAAAGAUCCUCAAGAUCUCCUACAAGAGGAGCAACUUCUACAUCAAGAUCCGCCCCGGAGAAUAUGAACAGUUUGAGAGCACCAUAGGCUUCAAGCUGCCCAACCACCGGGCUUCAAAGAGAUUGUGGAAGGUCUGCAUUGAGCACCACACUUUCUUCAGGUUGGUUUCCCCGGAGCCGCCUCCCAAGGGUUUCCUGGUGAUUGGCUCCAAGUUCCGCUACAGCGGUCGGACCCAGGCCCAGACUAGACAGGCCAGCGCUCUGAUUGACAGGCCUGCCCCGCAGUUUGACCGCUCCGUCAGCAAGAGGUAUUUACUGCCACGGAGCAUGGAUGGAGCGUCAGCUCUCGGAGACAGCAUGGACCAGCUGUCCCAGCGAAGCUCCAGCGACCGCACACAGUUCAUGUCCAGGGAAGACCUGGACCAAGAAGGCAGCCUGGACUUGGAUCAUGAUCAGUACCACUACGAUGACCAGGACCAGGAGCAGUACACGGACCAGGACCUGGAGCAGCAUCACAGUCUGGAUCAGAGGCAGGGUCGAGGCGCCAACGUCUCAACACCCACGAAGACGCUGGAGCUGAAGAGUGAGGAGGCAGGCUCGCCUCUAGACUCAAAGCCAGAGCAGUUCCUGGAUAAACCAGAGGAUGUUCUACAAAAGCACCAGGCCAGCAUCAAUGAGCUGAAGAGAGCUCUGAGGCAACCCAACAGCAAGAUGGCCCAGAGGGAGAAACGCCUCUCCUCAGCGACUCCUCCUGGGGGAACGCCCGAACGGAAACCAGAGACGCCUCCUACUCCUGCCAUCCACGAAGAACCUCUGAACGAAGCUUCAAGGGAACCAUGGGAGAGACGUCUGGGCUCAGUCUCAGAGGAUGACCAGGACCACGAGAUCCUUUACCUGAAGGAAACCCACCUGGGCAUCGAGCGGAAAUGUUCCAGUAUCACGGUGAGCUCGACAUCGAGCCUGGAGGCAGAGGUGGAUUUCACUGUCCUCACAGACCUGCAGACGGGGAUGGAGGAGUUCUCCAGGGGAAUGACUGAGCUGGGGGAGCGGGAUCUGUCUCCUGAUGGAGGUCUGUGCCUGGGUAUCGACCUGCUCCAGCAGCAGGCCCCCCCAGAACCGCCGCUCCCUCCUUUAGUGGCAGCUCCUCUGUCAAGGGGGGCCAUGAGCAGCCCCCCAGCCAAGCAAAUCCAAUCUGAGGAGGUCCGGCCUGAAGUCAAAAGGCCUGAUGUGCAGCCCGUAGUCCCCAAAAAACCAAAGAGGUCGGUUCCGGUGUCCUCGUCCAUCGACAGGGAUCAGUUUCACAGAGAUGGCGGUCGCGUGCCCAGCGUGACGCCGCUGAGCAGGGAGGCCAGCGACGUCAUGCCCACGCCGACCGUGAGGAAGACGGACGUCCGGACGGAGACCCAGCCCAACGGGUCGGAGGUCACCACCACCAUUGUGGAGUUCACAGAUCAGGAUCAUGGUAUCACGAGUCUGAGUGAGGUUUCAUAUUCUACGAGACAGAGUGUUUCCCCGGUUCAUAUGAGCAGUUUCGGAAGAGAGUCGUCAGGGUCACCGAUCCUGGAAAAUGUUACCUCAGCAACCACUCAUGUCACCAAGACGGUGAAAGGAGGAUAUUCAGAGACCAGAAUCGAGAAGAGGAUCAUUAUCACAGGAGAUGACGAUGUGGACCAGGAACAGGCUCUGGCUAUAGCGAUACAGGAGGCCAAGCAGCAGCAUCCGGACAUGCAGGUGACCAAGGCGGUGGUCGUCAGAGAAACGGAGUCGUCCACUGAGGAGCGACACGGAGCGUCAGAGUCCUGAUUUUAGUCGAGACGACAGUGCCCCCCGUUGGACUAGACGUGUCAGUGCCCGCCCGACGUGAAGUUGCCACCCACCAUCCCUCCUGAUAGACCGACUACAGCCGCCGGCGCUCACUCAACACAUGCACACACACCCCCGAUCCACCUGGACUCCUUUAAACCAUUGUAUUCAGAGCUAAUCAGCUGUUUCUUUGCAACAGGAAUCAUUCAUGUUCUGCAGAGCGGUUCGAUGCAAAAUAACACCUCCAUCUCUUUACGGACUUUGACUGGUGGACAGUACUGACCAGAAUUACAAACAUCUGGAACAACUAUAGAGAUAAUCCAAGUCAAUUCCCUGCAAACCUCUCAGGUUAGUUCUCAAAGCUCCUGUUCGACUGUUCCUAAAGGUUAAAGAAAGAGUUCAGAAGGUGUUUUUUUUUUUUUUUUGUGUGUGUGUGUUUUUUUAACUAAUAAUCUGUGCACUUUUGUCAUUUACACUGAAGAAUAUCACAAUGUUAUGAGUGAUGUUGCAUAAAGGAUAAGAGAACGUGCUUAUGGAAUGAGAAGAUUCAUGCUUUACAUUUAGCUUUGCUUCUGUAAAGAC